GCCGUGGUUUACGGGGAAUGCUGUUCGCAGCCUCUAUUUGUGCUUGGGAAGGUUUCAGUAACUUCUUCAAACUUAUUCGGUUACAGCUGCUUUUUUAUUUCUCUCUUAUUCUUUUUAUCAUUCUCUCUCGUCUUUCGAACAUCGAGAGUGGCCGCUGCCUGCAAGUUCCUGUGGACUGCUUGCUGGCUCCGCCGUUCCCUUCGGAACACCCCAGGCGUUCUGCCAACGCCAAGAAACGGAGAUUGAUUCGAGAGAAUCAGAUCGUCAAGGAUCUCAUGAAGAUUGUGGAAGAUGCUGCGAACCGUUGUUCGACUCAAGCGUAUGAUUUCGCUCCCUCUUAAUACGAGCAUGCGCGGUCUACUCAACAGGUUGCGUUUACAGAAUCAACUCCAUCGUUGUACCAGGAACUUGACGUUUAUAAAAUGCAGGAACAGCAGUAGCAACAAUAUCGAUACAUGCUCCAGCAACAACAGCAGAUGCUUGCAUUUGUGAAUUUCAACGCCAUUGAUAGAGGCUUUACUCCGGUGCAAGCAACGGACUCGUCUGCAUCUAUAGCGCACAGAAGCGGAUAGCCCUAAAACCAUGUGAAUAUGUGUAUUCUUAUAAGUUUACCCCAGUUAGUAAGAUACAUGAAAAUAGGAGAAAGAAAAUAGUUCGCUCGUUCUCAAUGUCUGGCUACAGCUUCUUCACGGAAUUUGCAGCAGGCAUGGUGAAGAUGGGAAACCUUGGGGUGCUCACUGGAACUGAAGGUGAAAUCCGCAAGACAGUGCCAGUUCGUAAAUUAAUAAUUCUCUCCAAAUUUUCCAAUUAUCAUCAAGUUAGUGUUGCAACAGCAUGUAGCAUGACUAAAAAUCUCACGUCUCUUGACGGAUUUAUGGCAUAGGUAGGAUGAACUCAUUCAUUCUCUUAAGUUCAGAAUAAGCUCCAGUUAGAUCCACGAGGAUUUUCCACUUACCUACAAUGCUCUCUAUGCACGAGAAUCAGGAAACACAAGAUUGGAAUGAAUCUCUGCACUAGUUUCCAACGGGAAGAAAGUGAGAAAAUUGUACGGGGAAUGUACAUUGACAUUCCUGCAAGGGCUGGAUAUUGUUUCACAAUAAAGAGUAUUGGAGAGCGGAACAUAUCCGAAUCAUCUGCUCGCUAGUUUGUGAUUUCCCUACAUGUGUUCGUGAAUGGACGGACUAUUUUUGCUUGAGAUAGGAUCCAUUCUAUUUCUGAUGCUUCAUUGCGUGGGCAGUAUCAUCCAUGCAGAGGUGUCAUUACAAGAAGAUUACAACCAUGAUGAUGAGAGCGGACGACCACUUCAUUGCCCAUGCUUUAUCGUGCUGCUACAGGAUCACAUUUUGUGAAAAACUGUGAACCAUGAUUGACAUUGCAAACUUGCAAUGUCAACUAGUGAGCGUGAUUGUGG